CCCACAACGUCACAGCAACUGAUGAAGGUCGUGCUUGAUCCCAACUACAAUCAACAUGAGUGCUGCUGAAGACGAGACAGGGGAGAAGGUCUCAGGGGUCAUAUCGUCCUCACCAGACGAUAUCGGGUCAAUACCGGUCAUGGUGGAUUCCGAAAAGCCAGAUCAGCCAGAUAUCACCUCUAAAGUCAGUGAUUCAGAGCGGUCAGACGACAACGUCGCAGUCAAAUCGAAAGCCGAGGUCCCAACCGCAGAGGAUUCAAAGCCGCCCGUAGAUUCGCAGGAUCCCAAAGAGGCUACGGGGUCUCAAAAUGCGCCCGCUCCGGCGGCUGCUCCUGCUCCGACCCCAUCCAAACGACGCCCGAAUCCUCCAACUAAAGGCAUUCUCAAGCCUCCACCACCACCUGCCAAACCUACUCUCGGGAACAGGCUCAGAGACAUCGUCACUGUCGUUGGAGGCGGAGCCAAGUCUCUCUUCGAUGCUCCUUUCGACCCGGAGUCUCAAAACAACGCCAAUGGUCCUCACACAGCUGGUCCGAGCACCGUAAGCUCUACAUCUGGGCAGAGCGUUUCGGCCAGUGCAGUAGGGGGAGCUCUCAAUGCCUUAUCUGGACGAUUGGGAUUAGGAAUAAGUAGGCUCGUAGCUGGCGCAAGUGGUACACCCGUCGCAUCCCCAGCCCAUUCUACCAGCACCUCGAACGAUGUCACUCCCGUGGGAUCGCCAGGUCCGUCCCGUUCAAUCAGUCUGCCGGAUCCUCGAAGCAGUGUCGACAAGGGCAAACGGAAAGAUCUCAAGAGGGCUACCUUCUUGCUCCCGAGUUUAAGUAUCACGUAUCCCAUAAGUUCUCAAGGAGAGCCUUGGAGCGAGAAAGUUUUGCUAGAGAGGCAAAGUAUCGAAUCAGCGCAUCGAUCGCUCUUGCAUUCGUCCACUGGUGCCCAGUAUUGGACCUCGCAGCGUCUUGUUGCCUUGUAUGAAAGUGCUUGUAAAGGGAGGGAAGAACGUCCCAGGGUGGGAAUCGUCCGAGCCUUAGAGGUGUUCCCGAGCCCUCCCAGACCCAGAACGCUACAUAUCAUCCUACGACCAUUUGAUCCCACCGCGCCACCUCUUCCUCAUCCUGCACCCUACACUCUGGAGACGCCUCUCAAUCGCCACGCUGCAGAAGCUCUGGCCGAUGUUUUGUCAGUCGAGUGCGGUUUGGCAGACAUGCGCUUGGAAGCUGGAGCGCUAGAUGGAGACGAUGCUUUGAAAGCAAUUUUACAUGCUUUGUUAGUCAGCGGGACGCUACCGACUUUGAGUCUUGCUGGAAAUAGGAAGAUCAAGGCGGCAGGUUGGAGGCUGUUGGGAAUCUUUUUGAAACGGGCUCAUGCUUUGCGGUAUCUGGAUUUGUCGGAAACGAAUUGGGAUCGGAAAGGCGUCGAAUACCUUAGCCAGGCUCUCAACGCACAUCGCUCAGCGGCAUCACAGCUGCCACUCGAGACACCCGACAAGGCGCAAAGAGUACUGGGCAUGAGGGAACGGGCACGAUCGGAGCCUGUAAACGCGACCAUCCUGCUAGAUGAUGCUGCGUCCCUCUCAGAGUCAGAGAGCGUUGUUGCUGCAGAAGCAGCCUCGGUGUACGGAAGCUUCAUGCCGCCGGCCCCACUGCUGAAGUCUUCGGGCGGAUACGAAGGCCCGUCCUCUUUACAAACUUUACGAAUGGACGGAUGUGGUUUCAGAGGCGCGGUUCUGGAGGCUUUGGCCCAAGGUAUUCGUGCAUCGGAUCUUCGAAAUGUCUCUCUUCGGCGAAACAAGAUCGGUUCCCUGGGUGCCGUGGCUUUGGCUCUCAUGAUCCGCGAUUACCCCGAUUCUGCCAUGUCCAUGUCAUCCUUCUCUCCUGGACUCACAGCGUCCGUCUCGAACUCGUCCCUGGCGUCCUUUGAUCAACAACUAAGUCCCUCGCCGUCGCCAAUCCCUCAAUCACGACAACGAAGACCACCUGCAUCGCCACUCAAGGAAGAAAUUGCAUUGCCUCCCAGUCCGAGUUUGUCACACAAUAAUCAAGUAUUGCAGAAUCAACAUCUAUCAAACGGCAAGACUACACAUGCGGCAAAGUCUGCGCUACCGGUUCCCAAUGCCUCUUCAAGGGACGUGAAUCAAUCUGGAGUGAACACAGUACCUGUGGAAGGAAAGUUGUCGCAUGCCGAGUUUGGAGGCGCGAGCAUGGCUCUGCAGAGGAGUGUGCGUGCCUUGGAUGGAGUCGAGCGGAUCGGUAGAUUGUUGACCUUGGACCUCAAAGGCAAUGAGAUUCGAAAUGGCGUCGGGUAUAUCGCUCAGGUCCUGAAACGCAAUCGAACGCUCAAGGUCUUGAACCUCAGCGAGAAUCGCAUUGAACCGGCGGGUCUCGUUGCACUCGCUGAGUCUCUAAAGUAUAACUCCACCCUGGAGACUCUGGACCUGAGUUCAAAUCCAUGCUGUGGACCGACCUUCGAAGGCAUAAGCGCACUUCGCUCCGCUUUCACUGUCAAUACCUCACUGAAACGCUUAUUCCUAUCGGACACCGGUCUAGCCAAUGAUGGUGCCAUCGCAUUGGCUGAGUUCCUACCCGAAUCGAAAUCUCUACUUCAUCUUGAUCUGAGCUCAAACCCUAUGAUCGAAGCUGCCGGUGUCAUGGCACUAUCGGUUGGCUUGAAAUCCAACACGAUGAUCCGAUGCCUUGAUCUCUCCAUUGCGCCAGACCAAACUGAAGUCGCCGAGCUAUCUCAAAAAAUUCUUCAAAUUUGUAUCCGAAACACUGAGCUCGCUGCCUCUCGAUUUGAAGGUCGAGCCGAGCUCAUCUGGGGACCGAUCAAGAAGAGUAGCCUCGUACAUGACAUCAAACGAGCCGAUGAUGUUCGAGCCGAGACGGAACGGAUCGAGCAGGCAGUCUCGCCGGAAGGUCUGGCCCGAGAGUAUAUUUAUACUCUCAGACAUGAAAAGGUCAUACCGGUCACCAAGAGCACAAUUGUCGACUUAGAGAAGUGGUAUGCCGCUGGUAAGGCCGCGUCUGCCUCUGGCUUCACAGCAUGGCAACCUGGUCAACUUCCUAACGAGGACUUUCAACCACUGGUAGAGAGGGGUAGAGCGCUCCGUGACAGACUUGUCGAGGUCAUCCAGGUGUCUUCGGACGAGGUGUUGGAGGAUCUGCUUCAGCUCAAUGAUAGGCUGAGCAAUCUGGUCGAGAGAUCCAAAGGGUUCAAACCGCCUCCGAGAUUACUCUUACCAUCUCAAGUCGUAUCGCCUGAUCGUCAAUCGACCCUGUCACCGCAUCGUAAUCGAUCAACGUCAGGAGCCAGAAGACACAUGCGAAUAUCCAGCCUCGAGAUCUCUUCACCGAAUUUCUCCAUCGGCGAUUCAGACAACGAUAGUGAUGCGGAAGAGCUGGAUCCGGAGACGAUCAACAGUACACCUCGUCCUGUGUCGAAGUUUAAUGCACGGAGAGGAGACGCGGAAGCUCCAGUGACUCCCAAGACUCCGGAGAUUUCCGGAUCAACUGCUGGAGCGUCUGCAACCCUUGUCGAUCUGGAUGAAACGGGUGGACAAGAGUCUGCCCGAUCGUCUGAGGAAGUUACGAGCCCUGUUGAGCGAGUCAGUCGGGCAUGGGUAGAGGAGGAAGGUGAAAUCUUCAGAAAGGGUACGAGAUUGAGAGUCGUAGAGGAUGAAGAGGAGAAUGAUGUAUCUGGAGAAGAUCUGAGACAGGAGAUCCUCGAUACACCAGUCGCACGUAGUCCGACGAGACGUGUUCUGUCUGUGGAAGAGAGUGAACGAACAUCCGAUGACGAUCAACCAAAACUUGCGGAUGGUGACGAAUAGGGAAAGGAGACGAGGACGUAACGACCAUGUUGUUUGGAGGUAUGACGGCACGAUCACGGUUAUGCAUUGUUUCUACGCCAGGUGAC